CGCUUGAACAGUGGAAGGCUCCUUUUGCGAUACGUAUAGACGUCGGCCAAAGCAGCAAGAAUACCCGCCACGGCCAGCUCCGCUUGCCGUCUGCUUGGCACCGGUCACGAUCAUAGUAUAUCGGGGUAGAUUUCCCGCAUGCAUUUGGUGAUCGCGCUACAUUUGCCGGCAAAGCCUUUAACCACUGCGUACUGGUAGUCAUCUCGCAUGAUGCGCGGAUAAUCCAUCACACCAACAUCACGCCACGACCCGACGAUCACGAUACUCCACAGAAACCUUGGCGACAACGCGGAAGACGGUUAGCGAUAGCAUUACAUAUAGGCUAUGGAACCCUCUCGCCCCGAUGCCUUGCAAGGCGCGAAGGAAUCAACACUGCAACAAACUUUAUCAUCUGAAAUCAACUCCCGUCCCGCAUCAAGAUUGGCUUUGGACGAUCUAUCAGCACCACCAGCCUAUCACAUGGUUGUAGACUCUGAAAUGUCAACAUCUACCGCAACCAGUCCGUAUAUGCAUGACGAAGAGGAAUAUGACCGGGAACACGACGGUGACCACACGCCUGAGAUUGUGAUUAACGCUGCGACACAAAUCAGAGGACAUGGCAACAUCAUCUCGAUAGCGCAGAUGGACAGCGUGCGAAUCGCAAACCUCAUCACCAGCGUGCUCAACUGCGACGAACUAGACGAGGCCACACGACCGCUGACGCCUCCAAGUCCUCCAUCGCUAGCAACAGCACCGCCAGAGCGGACGUCCAAGACGCAGGUUCGAGGGAUAAAGCGGUAUCCUAACAUCAACAUUACCGUCAAUUGCGGCGCAACCGUCAUCGGAGACCGAAACAUUGUCGGACCAGGCCUAGGCGACAUUGCGCGGCAGAUGCAAAUGGCACAGCGGAACCAGGCAGCGCUACUUGCCCAGCAACAACAACGACAACAAGCUGCGGCUGCGGCUGCAGCAAUGGGCACUCCGGGACAAAGCAAAAUGGCGUCGCCGCCGCUACAGCAGCGAAGUAGUAAUUCGUUUUUCCCGUCUCAACCGCCUUUCUCAAGUGCACAUUACGCUACUGCUGUGCACAACCCGCCCGGGUCGCAUGGAGUUGCGACGCCGCCGAUGAGCCGGAGCUCGAGUCUGCAUAGCGAUAGGGAGGCGCGGAAAAGGAAGGCUGCAGAUAUGGGCGAAUCGGUGGCUGGAAUUGCCAUCAAGAAACAGCGUGAUUGAUUUUUUUUCUCUUUCUUUCUUUCUGUCUUGAAUGAUGGGUUGAUUAGAAGGGGGAGCGAUAAGGCGCAUUGGGUAUGUGGGCAGGCUAUUUGUUUUGCUUGACUACUUCGUUUCUUGGUGGACUUUUUUUUCUAUGCUGUAAUAUAUCUUGACGACUAAGGGGGAUUAUGUCUGGCAUGGUAUGUUUCUGGGUGGUGUUGGGGCGAAGUAGGCAAAAGUGUGUUGUAUGCUAUCUUAUCAGCAAGGCGGUGGAUUGGCCAUGUGUGUAUGGACAUGUCAUAUGUUAGUAGAGAGAUGGGACGCCGGCGCAGCAGUCUCGGCAUCCUACAUAC